AUGAUCCCCAGCCGUGACACGUCAGCACAACUUGCACAGAACAACGGCGACGCGGCGCGGCUGGUGUACCAGCUCGGCCUGCAGAUGCUGCUCAGCGGUGACCCCGUGAAGGCCGCGCGAUGCUUCCAGGAGCUGGCCUGGGUCGAGCUCUCCCUCCUUAACCACCUCGCCUGCCUUGCCACCGCCCAACACGCCCUCUCCCUGCUCAACACCCGGAGCAACGCUCUCGCUCACACCGCAAACGACCCACACACCGCAAACGACCCACGCACACCUCUUACCUCACACGAACCUGUUAGCCCUGACAGGAGCUCAGACCCGUGGCAGCGCAGCGCCCUCCGCAUGUACGCAGCAGAGGCUCUCUGCCUCCUCGGCCGCCCUGCCGACGCUCUGAGCCUCCUCUCUGAGUGCCUUGUCGAGUUCCUGGAAGCUUCGCCUCCUGCAGCUGCCACAGGGGCGGCAGGAGGAGCAGUUGCAGGAGGUAGGGGAGCAGCAGCAGCAGGAGCAGCAGAAGCAAGAGGAGUAGGAGCAGCAGCAGCAGGCAGAGGGGGGAAAUGGAGGGAGUGGAGGGAGAGCGUGUAUGUGAACCUGGCUGCUCUGCAUGCCAUGAAGGGCGACCUUGCAGAGGCUAGGGUGUGCGCUGACAAGGCAGGGGGUGGAGGGGCAGGUGGAAGGGAGGGGGCAGGUGGAAGAGGGAUGGCAGGGGGUGAGGAAGUCACGUGUGCUGAUGGCAUGGCUUUAGUGGUGCAGGCUUAUUUGGAGCUUAGAGAAGCGCUUGAGGCUCGUGGGGAUGUUAAGGCUGAUCACUGUGAUGGGGCGGUGAAUGCUGGGCGGUGGGAGGAGAGGUGUGACACGGCUCUGCGUCUACUGCAGCGAUCCAACAUGGUGCGGUUUAGAAUGUGCAGUGGUAACAGCAUGGGAGCUUGA